AGCCUCGGUCACGUGGCGCAGUGCAGUCAGUCUCUGUGCCGUGCCUCGAGCCAGCGCUGAGUGGAGCCUGUCUGCCAACAAGCUUCAGCUUCAGCAGCGGCUCGAUCUGGAACUGGAACCCAACGCACUCACACCACACUACACCGACUAUUCAACAAGGAAGGCCACCCUUUUUCUGCUUAUUUCCGAGGACUAUUCUUCCACCAUGGGCGACAAGAAGAGCCCUACCAGGCCAAAAAGACAAGCCAAACAGACUGCAGAUGACGGAUACUGGGACUGUAGCGUCUGCACCUUCAGGAACACAGCCGAGGCUUUCAAAUGCAGCAUCUGCGAUGUGAGGAAGGGCACAUCCACAAGGAAACCCAGGAUCAACUCCCAGCUGGUUGCCCAGCAGGUGGCUCAGCAGUACCCGAUGCCUCCCCCGCCCAAGAAGGAGCGGAGGGAGAGGAGCGAGCGCACAGACAAGGAGCGCCCGGACGGCGAAGGGGAGCGCGCCGAAGGGGAGCGCGCCAACGGAGAGGGGCGCCCAGAGGUCGAGCGUCCGGAGAUAGUGAGGCCAGAGGGAGACCCUCCCGAGAAGGAAAAGAGCGACACCGAACAGCAGCCAAUCAAAGACAAACCCGACAGAGAGAAGGAAAUCAUCCCAGCCGUCACGAAGAAGCCCAGCAGCAAAAAGACCAGACCCAAAUCAGACAACCACCAGAGCCCGCCCAGCGACAAACACAGCAUACAGUCUGGCAAAUCAGCAACCAAGACCAACAAGAACUCUCACAUCUCCAGGCCCAAACUGAAGAACAUCGACCGGAGCACCGCCCAGCAGUUGGCGAUCACCGUAGGGAACGUGACGGUGAUCAUAACAGACUUUAAGGAGAAGACCCGCUCCUCCUCCACGUCCUCGUCCACCAUCACGUCCAGCGCGGGAUCCGAACAGCAGCACCAGAGCUCCGGCUCCGAGAGCAUGGACAAGGGCUCGUCGCGGGCCUCCACACCUAAAGGGGAUCUCUCUGUGGGGCACGACGAGUCGUUCUGAGGCCCCGUCCCCUUUUCCUCCUGGUCUCCACCCCGCUCCCCCUUCCCUUCUUCCCCCACGUUUCUGGACACUACGGAUCCCAUAGGGGGGGAGAGAUUUCCCAUCGCUGCCCUGCCUCCAUUCCAUGACCACCCCCGGACGCUGAGAGGAGCUGGAUUGGCUGAGAGGAACAGUGCGGUGCGCCUGCCAGGGAAACAAACGCCCUGCUCGGGGCGAACUCCCCUCGUGGUUACACCCGUGGUGGCACAGGCGAGGAGAGCUGGGCUGCAAGGAAUAACGCCCCCAUUCCCAACCCCCCCCUUCAACCUCCCCUGCGGUAGCAUCCAGACACUUGUAUGUAUUGUUUUAUAUUUGUAUGUGGAUGUGAGGCCAAGUCGACCUUUUUUUGUUUUUGUUUUUGUAAAGAAGAAUUCUCCGCUGGGCACAAUAACCACCAUCAUUUCAAUAACUUUAAACUAUUAUUACCCUUAUUUAUUACCUGUUGCACCUGUAUACUUUGAUAUUCUCCUUUUUUAUGUUGAAGCUUUGCUGUGUAGCCCCGCCGAUCGAUCAUUCCUUCAGUGUUUUUAUUAAGAUGACAGGACAAGACUCGAGUCACGCAGACGCACACACCACACCACAACAUAACACACACACACUGGUGCUAGAUACACUGUGAAGCGGUUUCUGCAGAUCUGGGUUGCCCAUUCACUCAAUGUGACAGAGUGCUGAUGAAUCAAAUUCUCAUUCUCAAUAACACUGUCUCACUCUGAACACCGUCGGGACCUCCGUCGGGUCCGUCUUGUUCUGUACAGGUCAGUGCGCAUCAGAAGAAAGGUCACCUGAGGUUCAGACACCUGACUUUUUCAAACUAGAUUGUCUAUGAUUUAGUUUGCUAUAGCAGAUCUCUUAUACAGUAUAUUAUGUCCUUAACUGUACAGUGUAGGCUGUCGUGUAAAACACUAAAAAGCUGUUGAUAUUUUCUGCAUUCCGUACUUGGAUAUUGAGUUUUUCCCGGCCGAAGGUAGAGCUUUCCUCUCAGCUUUCUCGGGCGCGAGUUUGUUUCUGUGGUGACUGAAGGAUGGUUACGCGCAGUUCCACUUUGGUAAAACCAUAUCGAACUGUAAAAAAUAGACCUGUUGUGUCAUGCUGUUGUGAAUCGAUUCUCUUUUUUCGUUGUGGUCCUGAAGACUACUUUGAAUCUUCAUCCUCUCAAACCUGAUAAUUCCAGAAAACAAGUGAACAAUUUGCAAAGAUUUUGUUUUUUAUUUUUUAAAUUAAUUUAAGACUCCUGUCAUUGAAGGCGAAAAAAAAAAAAGAUAUCGCAGUAGUUAAAUAGAACACAAAUGCUCUUUCAAUUUUUUAGAACAGCAAGGCUUAUUUAAGAGUUUUAAUUCACUUUUCACCUUAGCUGAUACUAGACCAACAUAAUUUCCUUUUAACUGUAUGAAAUUGUAUAAAGAAUAAAUGUGUAUAUGAUAUCUUAGUUUUAUUUAUUGAAGGACCAAAGGAAUUUCAUAAUGACAUGAUACAUAGACAGAUAAAUAACAAUUUGAAAUGCAAUUAUCUAAUGUGUGAGAUGAAUAACAGUUUAAAUAAAAGACUAAUAUAAUCCAUGUAAAUGGUGUUCUUAUUGUCCACUUGUCUCUGUGCACGGCUAAAUUAGGGGCAGAGAAAUGUCAAUACUGUGAGGCGAGUCGAAGAGCGCUACCGGCUUCACGCCCAGCGGGUGGAUCUCGCCUUAUUGUGCAGGCGAUGAGACGCGGAUUGGGCGUGGGUCGACGGCCUUAGCGAGCCCCCUCUUCACUCUGCUGGACUACCACAGUACCAUGUAGCUCCCCUAACAGAGCCCCCCGCCCACAACUCACCUUUUGAGCCGCUCCCAGAGCAACUAAAACCAGGGUUAGGUGAGGUUAACAAGUCCCAAAAAACUCAACAGGAUUUGAGGGGCAGGAUUUGAUCCGUGUCGACUAAAAGCUUUUGCGGCUUCACACGUUAGGGAUGAUAAUCACGUGUGUGUCGUAAGCAAUGUUUGAAGUCCAAGAGAUAUGUGUUCAUGAGGUUUUUUUCUGCUCUUCUAAAGCUAUGGUUAAUAUGUAAUUAUGUACUUUAUUGCAUACAAAUAUGGAAUCAGUGUUCAAAGUGAGGAAAAGCAAUGUGAAUAGAGCUAAAAAAAAAACUGUUGUUGGGUCAGAGGGGGGGAAAUGUUUUGCCCAAUUUUUACUGAGAAAAAAAGAAAACCCUGCUUUGUAAUGCAAUCUAUUAGAAAUGGGCCUAAGAAGCCAUCUUUUCACCUGCCUUAUCUGCAACCACGUUCACUUGACUGAGUACUCCAACAGAAAGGAUUCAUUGUUAAAUUAUUGACAAAUGGCCAUUUGCUGAGUAUAUGAAUUAUUGCUUGUAUAUAGAAUUUUAAAAAGGUGCAAAAGCAAACACUAUGAAUGAUGGCAUUGGAGCUGAAGUCUUUUGUUUCCUGUUUCCUUUUCCGCGCAAGCAGUUCUGUUCUUGUGUGCGACCAGUAACCUUAAUUUACUGUGUAAAGAUGGUUACAUUUUUUAGCUUUGUUUGUCAGAGACCCAAAUAUAG